UCUAAGGCUAACUCACACCAUCGUGAUUUCUGAAACAUAAAACGAUAAUAAUAUAAACAUCAUGAGAUUCCAAUCCCUUGUUCCUGUCCUCCUUGUUUUGUUGGCUUAUGUGGCUAGGAUUCAAGCUAUAGAGGAUGGUUAUUCCCCCAUUGGCAACAUCAAUGAUCCACAUGUGAUCGAAAUCGCUAAUUUUGCUGUGACCGAGUUCGACAAGAAAUCAGGAGCAACGAUUAAGUUCGAGAAGAUCAUCAAAGGUGAAUCACAAAUUGUUCAUGGGACCAACUACCGCCUCACCUUUUCUGCCAAAAUAGAUUCACUUACUAAGGUUUAUGAAGCUAUUGUGUAUGAGAACAAAAGCACAAGGAAACUCACUUCCUUUCGACUUGUUGCCUUUGGACUUGUUCAUGCUUAAUUAUUAAAUGUUGCUUAUUAUGUGA